UUCUCAACAACAGCAGCAGAAUCUGUGUCAAACACUGAGUGUAGAUAUGUCUGCUGCUGCCAGCUGUCUGCUGACUGAAGAUCAGUUUCUGUGCUCCAUCUGUCUGGAUGUGUUCACUGAUCCAGUCACCAUACCAUGUGGACACAACUUCUGCAAGACCUGCAUCACUAAACACUGGGAUAAAAAUGUCCAGUGUCAGUGUCCCAACUGUAAAAGGGUUUUCAGCACAAGACCUGAGCUGCAGGUGAAUACUUUCAUCUCUGAGAUGGCUGCUCAGUUCAGACAGUCAGCUCAACAGAAAGCCAGCAGCAGCAGCUCAGAGCAGCAAGUUUAUGAACCAGGAGAAGUUCCCUGUGACCUCUGCACUGGAACCAAACUGAAGGCCCUGAAGUCCUGCCUGGUGUGUCUGGUCUCCUACUGUGAGACUCACCUGCAGCCUCAUCUGACAAUGGCAGGCCUGAAAAGACAUCAGCUGAUCAACCCUGUGGAGAACCUGGAAGGCAGGAUGUGUCCGAAGCACGAUAAACCGCUGGAGCUGUUCUGUAAGACCGACCAGACGUGUGUCUGCAUGCUCUGCACCGUUUUAGACCACCAGACACAUAAAGUUGUUCCUCUGAAAGAAGAAUAUGAAGGAAAGAAGGCCGAGCUGGGGGAGACAGAGGCUGAAAUCCAGCAGAUGAUCCAGAAGAGACGACUGAAGAUCGAGGAGAUCAAACACUCAGUGGAGCUCAGUGAGAAAGAUGCAGACAGAGAGACAGCAGAUGGUGUUCAGGUCUUCACCGCUCUGAAGGAGUCUGUUGAGAGAAGCCAGGCCGAGCUCAUCGACACCAUCAAAGAGAAGCAGAGGAAGACAGAGGAACAGGCUGAAGGCUUCAUCAAAGAGCUGGAACAGGAAAUCUCUGAGCUGGAGAAGAGAAGCACUGAGGUGGAGCAGCUCUCACAGUCUGAAGACCACCUCCACCUCCUCCAAAGCUUCACCUCCCUGAACGCUGCUCCACCCACCAGAGACUGGACAGGAGUCAGCGUCCAUCCACCUUCAUAUGACGGGACUGUGGUGAGAGCUGUGAGUCAGCUGGAGGAGACGCUCAGUCAACAGAUGAAGAAGCUGUUUGAGGCUGAGCUGAAGAGGGUCCAGCAGUCUGCAGUGGAUCUGACACUCGAUCCUGAUACAGCACAUCCUGAUCUCAUCCUGUCUGAUGAUGGAAAACAAGUUAAAGAUAGUGAUGUAAGGAAGGAACUCCCAGACAACCGAGAGAGAUUUGACAGGUCUGCUUGUGUCUUAGCAAAGCAGAGUUUCUCUUCAGGAAGAUUUUACUACGAGGUUCAGGUUAAAGGGAAGACUGACUGGACAUUAGGAGUGGUGAGAGAGUCGAUCAACAGGAAGGGAAGCAUCACACUGAAACCUCAGGAUGGUUACUGGAUGAUAUGGUUGAGGAAUGAAAAUGAGUACAUAGCUUGUGAUGACCCUCCAGUCCUUCUCUCUCUGAAGUCUCCUCCUCAGAAGGUGGGGGUGUUUGUGGAUUAUGAGGAGGGUCUGGUCUCCUUUUAUGACGUUGAUGCUGCAGCUCUUAUCUACUCCUUUACUGGCUGCUGCUUCACUGAGAAACUCUUCCCAUUCUUCCAUCCUUGUUUGAACGAUGGUGGUAAAAACUCUGCCCCUCUGAUCAUCUCUCCUGUCAGUCACACUGAGUAGAACAACUAUUUGAUUUUCCACAAAAAAACCUUCAACAUAAUUUAAUCUAAUAAAUGUGUGUUUGCUUCUGAUGUAAAGUCUAUACAAUGUUGGUUUAGCAGAUUCUGAUCAGUAUGUUAUUUCCACUUUUUUUCUUUGUGUUGGUUAUAAAAAACAGAUUUUUAAGACAAUAAAAUAUAAAAUGUACUUAAAUGAAUAUAAUUACCUGCCUUCAAGCAUAAAUAGUACGUUUUUUCCACUGUUGCCUGAUUAUUGUAUAUAUAACAAGUGUUUCAUACCGACACAAUUACACACAAAAGUCAGUUAACCCCUUAUAUGUUAAUAGGAGGUUUUCAAAAUGUUUUUUGGGGGGGUUUAAGGAUCUCGUUCUGGUUUGUUUCAGGGCUAAAUUCUGUACAUAUUUGUUAGUUUUACACACCAAACAAAAAUAAACUUGGCUGCCUGCUGUGUUUUUAUGUUGCAUUGUGUUCACCUCUCUGGAGACUGUAAAGUUUGAACCAAGUGAAUAAAUUCUCAACUGAAUAAAAACAAA